CUAAGCACUUAGCCAUGGCCACCCUCCAUCUGCCAUUGCCUGGUUUAACAACCCUUUUGAACUUAAUCGCUCUUUUUUGCUGCUUUAAUAUCUGCUUCGCCGUUAAUCGAAAGCACUUAAACUUGUCAGCCGCUGCCACCGAUUGGUCCCCUGCCGGAGCUACUUGGUAUGGCAGUCCCGAUGGCGCCGGAAGUGACGGAGGGGCUUGUGGGUAUGGAAAUUUAGUGUCACAAGCUCCGUUCUCUUCCAUGACUACUAGUAUAGGCCCUUCUCUGUACAAAUCAGGCAAAGAAUGUGGAGCUUGCUAUCAGGUAAAAUGUACCAACCAUCCAUCUUGUUCUGGCAAACCGGUGAGGGUGGUCAUUACCGACUUUUGCCCCGGAGGGCCUCGCGCCUCCGAACCGGCACAUUUCGACCUUAGCGGUACCGCAUUCGGCGCUAUGGCACUUCCCGGCCAACAAGAAAAACUACGCGAUGCCGGAGUUUUGCAGAUUCAAUUCGCACGUGUGGCAUGUGAUUAUUCAGGACAAACACUCACAUUCCACGUGGAUCAAGGAUCAAACCCAAACUACUUGGCGGCUGUGAUUGAAUUCGAAGACGGAGAUGGUGAUCUUGCCGGCGUUGAGGUGAAGGAAACUUCGACAUCGGAUGGUGGAGGCGAAUGGCGAGCCAUGCAGCGAUCCUGGGGUGCAGUGUGGAAGCUUGAUGCCGGGGCAGAAUUACAUCCUCCACUGUCGAUAAGGUUGACAUCUCUAUAUUCAGAUGAGACUUUGUUGGCCAAAGAUGUAAUUCCAGUUGGGUGGAAACCCGGUGCCACAUAUAGAUCUUUGGUCAAUUUUCAUUAACCAAUCUGGUUGUACUAAAACAUGGGUUGUUAUCGCACUCCAAAAUGGUUGUCGACACUCCUUCCUAAUAGAACAAAUAAAGGAUUGAGAGUGUAUAACGACUAUUUCCAAGUGCUGAUAACAAUUCUAUCUCUCUAUAAUAAAAUUAGAAAAAUGUGGUCAAUUUUGCCAGUCUUGUUGGUCCACAAAGAAAUCUUCAAUCGGCUACUUAUUAAUCAUAACGUUACAAGCAUAACCAAGGGAACUAAUUUUCUCACUACAUUUUUUCUCCGUAUACGCACUUAUGUUUAUUUUUAGUAUUUAUAUUGAAUAAAUUAAAAAGAAUUAAGAAAUAAAAAAAGACAAUGAGCGUGCAAAAGGAGAAAAGAAUAUUAUUUCCCGAAUCGAAAUUUAUUAAUCAUAACGUUACAAGCAUAACCAAGGGAACUAAUUUUCUCAUCGUAUUUUUUUCUUCGUAUACACAUUUAUGUUUAUUUUUAGUAUUUAUAUUGAAUAAAUUAAAGAGAAUUAAGAAACCAAAAAAAAAAAAAAAAACAAUGAGCUUGCAGAAGGAGAAAAGAAUAUUAUUUCCCGAAUCGAAAUUGAAAGCUAUGAAAGAGGAUCUAUUGUAUCAUCUUCUUAAUUUCCAUGAAGACGACGAAGGGAAAAAAAAUAUAUAUAUAUAUAAAUAAAAUAAAUAAUUUAAAAAAAAAUAAUAAAAAAUAAAACCUAGUUAGGCGAUGCUGCAUGUUCGAUUUACACGAGAUAACCCCAAAUUUUACAAUUGCAAAUUUGGUGAAAAAUAAAUUAAUUUUCGACAAGUGAAAAUGUCAAAUAAAUUACAUAAUUUGAUAGUGUUGCAUGUCUACAUUAAUUUUAGUCGCGAUUAAUUUGAAGAGGGAGAUGGUGAUCUGUGUUGAUUUAAAGGAGGCCUCCGCAUCGGACGGUAUUGGUGAAAAGCGCCAUGCAGCAGUCAGUGGGUGUUGUGUGCAAACUCUGGUCAUCUGGCAUUUUUUCGACGAAAACGAGUGCAAGAUAACUAUUUUGGAGUGUCAAUGAU